CUUCCGCUUAACCAAUGGGAUCGAACGACAUCGGUAACGCGAAGGCGGGACAACUGGUUUGGCUCUCUCCGCUUCCCGUCCCCGAUUUGCCGUUGCCGUUGAAUGGCUGAGUCACGAAAAGCCGCUGCCGCCUGCCGAUGCGGAGGCCAUGGCUUGGGCUGCGCCUUCUUUACCCUCCGAUAAAUCUCGGUUUAUCUGUAUAUAUCCAGCCUACAUAAAUAACAAGAAGACAAUAGCAGAAGGAAGAAGAAUACCUCUUGACAAAGCUAUUGAAAAUCCUACUUCUACAGAAAUUCAAGAUGUUUGUGCAGCAGUUGGUCUUAAUGUGCUCUUGGAGAAAAACAAAAUGUAUUCCAGGGAAUGGAACCGUGAUGCGCAAUAUAGGGGUAGAGUUCGCAUUCAGUUGAAGCAGGAAGAUGGCAAUUUAUGUCAGCCUCAAUUUCCAACACGUAAGGCAGUGAUGUUAUAUGCAGCAGAAACCAUUCCCAAACUGAAAACAAGGACACAGAAAAUGGGAGGCAGUGACCCAAGUCUACAGCAAGGAGAAGGUGGCAAAAAAAAUAAAGGAAAAAAGAAGAAAUGAAUGUGACAUGGACUAAUACUAUAUUUUCAAAUGAAUAUGGUUACAGAAGAAUAAUGACUUCAAAUGACAGUUGGAUAGACCAAUGAGAACAUGCAAAGCUAUUUUGUGAUAGUUUUUAAAUUAGAAUGCGUUUCAUUUUGCAUAAAAUUAUGGUUGAACCAUUUGGGAACAUAUCCAGAAAAUCCUCUUCUAGUAUUUAAAACAUACAGUAGUGGCCAAAAUUGUGGAAACCUUUUGGGAAAAGAGUAUUUUCAAAACCUAGAUAUUAACACCACUUUUUGGGGAGUAGUACAAUAAAAUUUGAGGGAUGUGUUGGCUCAGUGGCUAAGACAUUGAGCUUGUCGAUUGAAAAGUCAACAGUUCAGCAGUUUGAAUCCCUAGUGCCGUGUAACAGGGUGAGCUCCUGUUACUUGCCCCAGCUUCUGCCAACCUAGUAGUUCAAAAGCAUGUAAAAAAUGCAAGUAGAAAAAUAGGGACCCCAUUUGGUGGGAAGGUAACAGCAUGGCUUUAGUCAUGCCGGCCACAUGAUCAUGGAGAUGUCUUCGGACAGUGCUGGCUCUUCAGCUUUGAAAUGGAGAUGAGCACCAUCCCCUAGAGUUGGGAACGACUAGCACAUAUGUGUGAGGGGAACCUUUACCUUUACCAUAAAAUUAUAUAUUAAUGGAAAGACAAUUUAAUCAAGAAUGUAAUGAAAUAACUUAUGAAGGAUUUGCUAUUAGAAUAGCAGUUACAAUAUAAAGAAGAAAAGUGAAACACGUAGAAAAAAUGAGAUAUACAAAAAUUAGCACCAUAGAAAAAACGCGGUAUACAAAAAUUAUCAUGUCAGUUAAUACUUAGCUGGGUAACCUUUAGCAUGAAUUACGGCCUUACAACAUUGUCCCAUAGAGUGACCAAAGUCUUUUAGUUCUGCAGUUGUUAUAAUGUAAAGCCAGGAUUGAAUGAUUGCUUCUAUUAACUGGAUUUUAUCGCUGGGUUGCUUCUGACUAACAAGUUUCUUUAGUCGGCUCCAUAGAUUUUCAAUUGGGUUAAGCAUUCCAACAGUGAAUCUUGAAACUCUGAAAAAAAAGUGGUGUUCUUAGCCAUCAAAUCUCAAAAAUACACUUUUCCCAAAAGAUUUCCACAAUUUUGGCCACUACUGUAUGGAAAAAAUGUUUUAAUGUAUUGAACUGUAUGUACAAAUGAGUGCAAAGCUGUUUGUUUUUGCCUUGCACACAUUUUCACUUGGUAAUUUCACAAUGAAAAUACAUUGUCACUGUGAUCUUAGGCUUCUGAAACAAUUUUUCUUUAUUACAAUAAACAUGUUUGAAUUAAA